UUUGAAAAACUUCCGCUGCCCAGCCACGGUGUCGUCUUGGUAAGACGACGAUGACCGUAAUGUUUGGGGCAUAGCGUAAUCUUUGAGGCUCCCGGCCGCGAUAAGGUCUACAAAUCAGCCAGCGUUCGAGGAACCUUCGAGCAAUGGCGACGACGAUGAGCGUGGCCACGGCCUCCUUUCCCCUGCGGAGAAACCUACCCUCGCCUGCCCGCAACAAUCGCCGCCUCCCUUGCAGAUCGAGCAGAAUUGUGCUUGCUAGUGUAGAUCAAACUGCUUCUGCGCAGGGGAUCAAGAUCGCGGAAGGGAACGGAGGGCUCCCCAAAGUUUCUUUGGUUUCUCCUCAUGGCAGUGAGGCUGAGAUUUAUCUAUUUGGAGCCUGUGUUACUUCUUGGAAGGUUCCAAGUGGUAAGGACCUGCUCUUUGUUCGACCUGAUGCUGUUUUUAACGGACAAAAACCUAUCAGUGGAGGAAUCCCACACUGUUUCCCUCAAUUUGGACCUGGCCCUAUACAACAGCAUGGUUUUGCAAGAAACAUGACUUGGUCAGUCACCGACUCUGAUAACAUUGAAGGAGAUCCUGUUAUAACAUUGGAACUGAAAGAUGAUCCUUACAGUCGUUCAAUGUGGGAUUUCAGGUUUCAAGCUUUGUAUAAGGUCAGGUUGAACUCCAAAAGUCUCUCUACAGUGUUAACGAUUACCAACAUGGACACGAAGCCUUUUGCAUUUACCACUGCAUUGCACACUUAUUUCAAAGCUUCUAUAUCAGGCGUAUCAGUUAAAGGUUUAAAAGGUUGUAAGACUCUUAACAAGGACCCGGACCCUGCAAAUCCUUUGGAGGGUAAAGAGGAGAGGGAAGCAGUAACUUUUCCUGGAUUUGUUGAUUGCAUUUACCUUGACGCACCCGAACAGAUACAACUUGAUAAUGGAUUGGGUGAUACAAUAACUAUACAAAACAGAAAUUGGACAGAUGCCGUUCUAUGGAAUCCGCAUUUGCAGAUGGAAUCCUGCUACAAAGAUUUCGUUUGUGUCGAAAAUGCCAAGAUUGGGAAAGUCCAACUGGAGCCUCAGCAGUCAUGGGUUGCGGAACAGAAAAUUUUUGUCGGCUGAAGUUAAUUUCUCGCCAAGAUCAAGUAGUUGUAAUUCCGCUGAAGAUUCAAGAUAUUGUAUCGUAAACUAGAAUAUAAGAUGAGUUAUUCUGUUAAAAUGUUUGUAUCUUUUGAAUUUAAGUUAUAUACCAUUUUGCUUUGUUUUGAGUUUUCAUC